AUGGCUGAUAAAUUACAGUUAAAGACCAUUACAGUAGUUUUUGAUCUAACUAUCUACGCUAAAGCUCAAGAAAUCCAAUGGACAAAUGACAUUUUUCGAAAUCGUCUGGUGAUAAGAUUGGGAGAAUUCCACACAUGUAUGUCAUUUCUUUCAAUUAUUGGGAAACGGUUUCAGGAUGCUGGAUUGAAUGAUAUAUUGGUUGAGGCUGAGAUAAUAGCUAGUGGAUCCGUUAAUGCUGUUAUGGAAGGAAAACAUUACAACCGCUGCAUGUAUGCACAUAAACUCAUGUUUGAAGCUCUACACCGUUUGAAGUUCAGUUUUUUUGUUGAGUCUUUCUUUAUCUACCGAGAACAGAGAAAAGAUGUCACGGUUCCUUGA